AUGGAAAAAGAGCAAUAUCGUUCGGUGAUUCGAUUCCUAUUUUUGGACGGGAAAGAGCGUAUCGAAAUCAAAGGCCGCUUGGAUGCUAUGUACGGUGACUCUUUUCCAUCGAUAGCCACCGUCAAGAAUUGGUUCAACGAGUUUGCAAGUGGCCGUACGUCGGUUUUUGAUGAACCACGUCCAGGUGCACCAAAAACAGCUGCUACGGAGGAAAACAUUAAAAAAAUCCAUGAUCUCGUACUGACAGAUCGCCGAUUGAAGGUUCGGGAGCUAGCUGAGACUGUAGGCAUUUCAGAAGGAACAGUCAAUCAUAUUCUUCACGAGGAACUCGGCAUGAGAAAGCUGUCGGCGCGAUGGGUGCCGCAUUUACUCACACCGGAAAACAAGCGCAACAGGGAGUUUUUGCGUCGUUUUGUGGCGGUCGGUGAAACCUGGAUUCACUGGUACACACGAGAGACCAAGGAGCAAUCAAAACAAUGGAUCCAGACCGGGGAACGUGCUCCAAAGAAGGCGAAAACAGUAAAAUCGGCCACAAAAGUUACGGACACCAUUUUCUGGGAUUCACAAGGAGUUGUCUACAUCGAUUACCUCGAGAAGGGUAAACCAAUUACAGGGCUUUACUAUGCCAAUUUAUUGGACCGAUUCGACGCCGAAUUAAAGAAAAAACGACCCCAUCUGGCUAAGAAAAAGGUGCUGUUACACCACGACAACGCACUGGUUCACACGUCUGCCGUUGCCAUGGCCAAAUUGGUCGAAUUAUGCUACGAAUUGCUGCCUUUUCCACCGUAUUCUCCAGAUUUAGCCCCUGGUGACUUUUUUCUGUUUCCUAAUCUGAAAAAAUCCCUCGCCGGGAAUAGAUAUGGAUCAAAUCAGGAGGUUAUCGCUGCCACGAAGGCCUAUUUUACAGAGUUUGAGAAAACAUAUUUUUCGGACGGGUUAAAAAAGUUGGAGCAUCGCUGGACUAAGGUAUAUCGAACUAAAAGGAGACUAUGUUGA